AAGAAUCGCGGCAGCCUAGCUCGAGUCCGUUGCAGCAGCCAACGUCUCGCCUGUUGACGAGAAGACCUACCCCAACGAUGUCAUCGGCCGAGCCGGAGAGCCCCGCCGCCGUGACGAUGGGCACCACGUCGGAGGAGGAAGAAGAGAAGGUCGUGCUGCGCUGCUGCGACGGGGAGGAGUUCGCGGUGGCGGUGUCCGUCGCGAGGAAGUACGGGACGAUCAGCAACAUGAUCGACGACGGCUGCGUGGAGGGCGGCGUCCCGCUGCCGAACGUCAAGGCCCCGGCCAUGUCCAUGGUGCUCGAGUGCCUCAACAGGGAGCAUGGCGCCGCGGCGGAGGAGGCCAAGAGGGCGUUCGAGAAGGCCUUCUUCGAGAAGAUGGCGAAGGAGGCGCUGUUCGAGGUGACCCUGGCGGCCAACUACCUCCACGCGGAGGAGCUGCUGGACGCGGCGAUGCAGUGCGCCGCCGGCAGGAUCAGGGGGAAGACGGUGCCGGAGCUCCGGGAGUACUUCGGCAUCGAGAACGACUUCACGCCGGAGGAGGAAGAGAUCAGGAAGGAGAACCCCUGGGCGUUCGACUGAUCGAUUUGAUAAUUAGUAGACUCAGGAAUUUAGGUGUUCUUUUUUCAUCGUAUAGUAUGUCCCUUUCUGCUAGGGAUAGUCCUAAAAUUUUUCUUGAUUUCGUGCUCAAAUAGUUCUUGAAUUCCAAUCCCUGACUACGGUGAAGGGUUAGCCGGUUAAGGACGGAGUAUGUAAAUAACUUUUGAUUUCAGAAUUAAUGCCCGGGAUGAUGUUCCUUGUAAUUGGUAGGAUCUUCUUUGAGCUUGCACCAAUGUUACUAGUUCCCAUAUAACUAACCAAUGUGUUAGAUACAUUGGGUUAAAAUUAGCCGUCUCUUUUUCUCUA